CUCUAUCAGUCCCAACAUAUUUGCUGAUGUGAUAGAGGCCACAUUGAAGGGAACAGGAAUGUGAAUGCACUAGUGAGUGCCUGUUGACAGUCCUGGGUGUACUUCAUUCACAGAGCACUUCCACUGAGCUUUGACAAACUAGAAAGACAGCAGGAAACUGCAUCUCGGCUACCAAGUUUGUUUCGGUUGAUUUUUUUUUCAUUUCUGUCCUGCGUCUGUCUCUUAAAACUGUUCUUCACUGGUGGUGAAAAGAAUCAACCUGUUGCUUAACUGAGGACUCAGUGUGUGGAAUGUCUUUUGUAAAGGGCAGCCCCCCUCAGUGACUCUACAAGCAGUGUCUUUAUCUGACAGUCUGUUUGCUUUUGUCAAUGUAUAGACCUGGAGAGAGUUGCUGCUCUCCCUGCAAGUUUUCCCAUUAAGUUGGAACCAAGUUUUGUACAUAUUCUGGGUUUUCCUUGUGGCAUUGAAGGAUUUAUAUGAAAUCUGGAAAUAUGAGAAUGAAAGAGAUUUCUUUGCGGCAAGAUCCGGAUCUUAGAAAGGAAUUGGCACUGCUGGCUCGUGGAUGUGAUUUUGUUUUGCCUUCAAGAUUUAAGAAAAGACUCAAAGCAUUUCAGCAGAUCCAACAGGCACCGCCAAGUAGAGAAGAGCCAAGAACACCCAUCUUGAGCCAGAACAUUCCAAAAUUUUACUUUCCUAAAGGAUGUCCAAAGGCAAAUGUCAAUAUAGAUGCUAUCAUUUUGACAAUUGAAAACACUUUUUCAGCUUUUCCGAAUGAGAGGGCAACACUUGAAGAUAUGGGAAAAGUAGCUAAGGCUUGUGACUGUCCACUUUACUGGAAAGCUCCCUUAUUUUAUUCAGCUGGUGGUGAGAGGACUGGAUAUGUGUCUGUGCACAAGUUUGUGGCUAUGUGGAGAAAAAUCUUACACACUUGCCAUGAUGAGGCUGCAAAGUUUAUUCAGCUUCUUGCCAGGCCUAGCUGCAGCUAUUUGGAACAAGAAGAUUUUAUUUCAUUCUUACAAGAUGUGGUAAACACGCACCCACAUUUAACUUUUUUGCGAGAGGCCUCUGAAUUUCAUUCCCGCUACAUAACCACAGUUGUUCAAAGAAUAUUUUAUAAUGUAAAUAGGUCAUGGUCUGGUCGCAUUACAUGUGCAGAACUCAAGAAGAGCAACUUUCUACAGCACAUAGCCUUACUAGAGGAGGAAGACAUCAACCAAUCAAUAGAUUAUUUUUCAUAUGAACAUUUCUAUGUUAUCUAUUGUAAAUUCUGGGAGCUGGAUACAGACCACGAUUUGUAUAUUGAUGAGCAGGACCUUUCCAAACACAAUGAUCAUGCCCUAUCUAGCAGAAUAAUUGAAAGAAUAUUCUCAGGAGCUGUAACACGAGGUCGAAAAGCACAAAAGGAGGGGAAGAUUAGCUAUGCUGACUUCGUGUGGUUUCUUUUAUCUGAAGAAGACAAGAAAACGCAGACAAGCAUUGAGUACUGGUUUCGCUGCAUGGACUUGGAUGGUGAUGGUGUGUUAUCGAUGUAUGAGCUGGAGUAUUUCUACGAGGAACAGUGUCAAAAAAUGGAAAAUAUGGCCAUUGAGCCCUUAUCUUUUGAGGAUUGUCUAUGUCAGAUGUUGGAUCUUGUCAAACCACAAUGUGAAGGUAAAAUUACUCUCCAUGACCUGAAGAAAUGCAAGCAGGCAAAUCUAUUCUUGGACACAUUUCUGAAUCUAGACAAAUAUUUAGACCAUGAGCAGAAAGAACCUUUUUCUACGGUACAGGUUGAAAACGAAGGACAGGAACUUACAGACUGGGAAAAGUAUGCUGCAGAAGAGUAUGCCAUCUUAGUAGCAGAAGAGGCUGCAACAGAGCAGUGGAAUGAUGGUUAUGACACAGAAUUAAAUACCUUAGAGACCGAUCUAGUGGAUGAAAAGACCUAUGGAAUUGAUAAAAGACCCUACUUGGACGUGCCUUCUGAACGGUCACAAAUUGACCUAGGAGAAUAUGAAUACGAAGAUGACUUUGAAUAAACAGUACUGCAGUGUAAAAAAGGGGGUAUCCUACAGCGGGUCUGUUGAUUGCCCUGAAGUUUAUUAUGUAUUGGCUGUGGACGGCACUUUAUACAUGCUUUACAGAUUUACUAAAAGACUCAUCAUAACGAUCUGCUGAUAAGCAUAAGCUGGUAUUUUUGUAUUUAUUGCUAAAAUAUUUAUUGUAUCACUUUGUUUUGCUGUGCUGUCUGCCUAGAAAGUGUCCUGUAUUUCAACAAUGUGAAUUUCCCUAUCCACUUUUCUGAUCAUUUCUGUGUAGCAAAAUGUCAACAGGUUUAGUGUUCGAAUGGUAAUGCAAGUUAAAAAAAAAAAUGUCCAGAGGACCUAAUUGUUAACCUUUUAAUUACUUUAACGGAUGUUCCACCUCAAGUGGCUUAAAAUGAAUUCUUCCUAAAAUAGCCAAAUGUAAUGUGGAUAAGGGACAUUAAAAUGUUUGGGAAGCAACUGAUUUGGUGUUCCUGAUCCUCUGCUAUGCUUGCAUUCAAGGAUAUGCAGCCUGCACUCAAAUUAUACUAUUUCUAUAGACUUAAAUUGGCCUAUUGCAGGCCUUUGCUCUGGCAGAAGUAUUUUAUACUUGCAAUAAUACAUUAUACUAACCCUAGCAGUAUACCUACAAUGUUUAGAAUGUAUACAUUGUACUUCUUCUGUCUCCUACCAGUCUGUCCUAAACCUGAUGUUCCAUCAUAUAUAUCAAUCAGCUCAGCUCUGGUUCUUGAACUGCAUACUAGCAAGGCAGAUACUCUGGGCUACCUGGGCACCCAGCUGCGUUUUGCACAGUGUGACAGAGGUAGUCAUUAGUUUGGUGUCCAGCACUGGAAUGUGUUAAGGUGACAGGAAGAAUACUGCUAAUAGACAGUAUUUUUUGAUGCCAUGGUGACUAAGAUCUAUUUAUCCGGUCUCCUAGAAGAGAAAAAUUGACGUGCAGGCUGCAGGUCCCAGAAUAUUUCUGGUAUUGUGAUGGAUCAGGGACACUGAGGUGAUAACUUUAUACACCCCAACCUCCAAUGUCUGCUUGGCAUGUUGGUUUUUGGUUGGAUAUCAUCAUGAGAUUUUUGGCACUUAAAACAAAAAGUUAAAAGUAUUGUCAAACACAAUAUCCCUGCCCUUUAAUCCACCACUAAUAUGUAACCCUAAAGAGGCUCAUGAUAUUGAAUUAAUGUUGAAAAUUACCCAUAAUGUAAAUCUCAACCUAAACCUGAUAUUGUCAAAGGCCUCAUAAAUCAAAAUCUCCGCUGUACACUUGCUAAGAAACAAUACUUGGGAUGCCAUGACUGACCACAAGAAAAUACUAUAUUUCUGGCUGUCAUACUGACCUUAUGGUUUUAAGGCAUUCUUGGGCCCCAUCCACAACUAGGUGUUACAGGAACACAUGAAAAAUGUGUGUCAUGCUUGCAAAAUUGUUUAUUCUUAAUGGUACCCAAAAUGCUGGUGGGAGUCGUGCACCAAAAUGCGAGGCUCACUGCCAGAAAAAGGUACAUUGGCUAUUUGGUGUGAAGAAAAAAGUCACGCAGGUGUGAAUGAAGCCUCACUCAUUGACUUGGAACAAGUAUGCUGUUCAGGAGUUCAAACUUCUCAUCAGUCACUCAAAAUAGUUCAAAGCUAGAGACACAGGCAACUAAUCCUACCUAAAGGCAAAGUCCGCAAUGGCAGCAGCCUACAUGUUUCUUCCAGACUUUUCUUAUUUAAAACCCAAGUGCACUAAUAUGCAAUUAUGACCAGAUUUCCCAGUUGAACGCCUGAUCUCAAAGCCUCACUAUUUGCUAGUAAGGCCGCCCAAUACACAUACGAGACAGUACUAAAGAAGUGCCUGCUAUGUGUUGCCAUUGGAUGUUUGUGUUUUUUUUUUCCUCCACUUCCUCCUUUGACUUGACUCCUGAAAUGUUGCAUACCUGUCCUAUUGAGUGCCAGAAGUCUCUUGUGCCAAGUUUGAAGAGCACCAAACUCCUGCCACCAAAAGAUACCGAUUUGUGCUAGCUGACCUGAAGCUGCCCUUGAAGAAAGUUCUGUUCAAUUGCCUUAACUCAUCUCUUCAUUCAAUUGUAUGUCAUGCUGCCUUGUUUGCACAAUAAGCAUUGUGCUAAAGUGCCAUAUAACGCAGAGUCCAUUAGUUUCUAUAGUUAUCACAUUCCAUUCCUUUCAGAUCCCUUUAAUGACCAGCCUUAAGUCCAGUCUCUCAGAUGAAAGCGGAACAAAUUUUGUUUGAGUGCCUUCAAAUGUACAUAUGUAAAUUGGGGCAUUUCCAGUAUUUUAUUAUGAUAAAUUUAGAUGAAAAUGAAUUUGUACAUGUUUGCAGUGUAGAAAUAUUAAAAUAAUUUAUAUAUUGUAUUUUGAAAUAAACUAUAUUUUGCACACAG